UGCUUUCUCUCAGCGCCGGCGCGGGAGGCGCGUUGGAGCCAUGGCUGCUGCCAACCCCUGGGAUCCGGCGCCGGAGCCAAACGCCGCUGGGCUACUGUUGGGCCACUUCGUAGCUUCAGGGAUGGUCACUGAGGAGAUCUUAAGUAUAUCUAAGAAAACAGACCCUUGCUUUGUGAACUUCUCUAGACUACAACAGAUCACAAAUAUUCAAGCUGAAAUCUCCCAGAAAAACCUGGAAAUAGAACUCCUAAAACUAGAAAAAGAUACAGCAGAUAUUGUCCAUCCCUUAUAUUUGGCUCAGAAGUGUCAUACUCUGCAAAGCAUGAAUAAUCAUUUGGAAGCAGUGCUCAAAGAGAAGAGGUCUCUCAGACAAAGACUGUUGAAACCCAUGUGCCAGGAAAACUUACCUCUUGAAGCUGUUUAUCACAGAUACAUGGUACAUUUGCUGGAGUUGGCUGUGACUUUCAUUGAGAAACUAGAAACUCAUCUUGAAACAAUUAGAAAUAUUCCUCAUUUAGAUGCAAAUCUAAAGAAAAUGAGCAAGGCUUUAGCAAAGAUGGAUAUUUUGGUGACUGAGACAGAAGAACUGGCAGAGAAUAUACUCAAAUGGAGAGAACAACAAAAGGAAGUUUCUUCUUGUAUUCCCAAAAUAUUAGCUGAAGAAAAUCAUCUUCAUGGGGCUGGUGCUAAACAUGAUAUUGUAAUGCCUUCUUCACCUUUAUUUUCUAAACUUCAUAUCCAAACUAAUGUCAGGUGAUCAUUAGCUUUAUUUUUGCUUAAUUAAGUAUAGUCAUAUGAAUCCAUAUUUAUAGGCUUUACUGCUGACAAGAUGGAAGGGACUUCAUCAUAAAGUACCAGGAUUUCAGGUUCAUGAAGACCAAACUGACUUUUCCUUUGUUUUUCAUAUAUUUUCAUUCCACUUUUCAGUAAAGCUAGUGAAAAUCCAAUACUGCUUUGACAAUAAGUGAAUUAACCAUUUUUUCAGGUGUUAGAUUAUCUGUAUCUUUUUAAAAAAAUGAAUUAGAGGCCGGCACCGUGGCUCAAUAGGCUAAUCCUCCGCCUGCAGCGCCAGCACCUCGGGUUCUAGUCCCGGUGGCUGCGCCGGAUUCUGUCCCGGUUGCUCCUCUUCCAGGCCAGCUCUCUGCUGUGGCCCAGGAGUGCAGUAGAGGAUUGCACCAGCAUGGGAGACCAGGAGAAGCACCUGGCUCCUGGCUUCGGAUCAGCGCGGUGCGGCGGCUGCAGCAGCCAUUGGAGGGUGAACCAAUGGAAAAGGAAGACCUUUGUCUCUCUUACUGUCCACUCUGCCUGUCAAAAAAAAAAAAAAAAAAUUAGAAGUUUUCUUAAAUCUAAAAAAUGUGUAUGGUGGUUAUUUCUGUAGCGUUUUCACUAAAUGUGCAGAAUAAAUAGUAAUUGGGUCGUCACAAUGCAUUUUCCGGGAGAAUGAAGCAUAUCCUUUGUGAUUCCUGUGUCAGAGGACCCUGCUUUUCCCGUCUUUGCUCUAUGCACUUUUUCCAUUUGCUCUUUUGUUUCAUAUGUGAAUAUGGUGAUAUGCUUGAGUCCUGCAAAUCUUAUUAGCAAAUUACUGGACCUGGGUGUGUUCCUACGGACCCCAUCUCAUUUCUGAGUGUGUUUACUGGCAGCCUUUGGAACAUGCAAAGAACAAAGGUUUGAAGAAAGUAAAAAAAAAAAAAAAACACAUUAUGAUGAAAUAAUUUUUAAAAUGUUCACGGAAUUUACCCAUCAGAUUUUUGUAAAUAAUGGUGAGUGGUGGAGACCGGCAUUGUAGUAGGUCUUUGAAGCUGUUGCCCCAUAUUGGCCCUACGUGUAUCUUCAACUU